AUGCAGCCAGACACUGCAUUCGCCGCCGCAGCCGAUCCCAGAAUGGGACACCUCAAGCUCGCAAGCGAUGAGAUCAACAUCCUCAUCUAUCUGUACUUGCUCGAGUCCAACUUUUCCCAUACUGCGUUCUCGCUCCUCUCCGAGUCCUCCCUCCCAUCCACUGCUCUCUUCCAGCGAUUCAACCCCUCCCACCCCAACCCUCCAUCAUCGACCUCUGCCCGGGGCUCGUCCUCCAAUCGCGUUAAUGGCAUCGUCAAGGUAGCCAUCCCUCCUGCAGACACCUUUGGGAACCCCAAUGGCAAGAUUGCACGAGGAGAACUGGUGCGCAAGUUGUGGAAGGCUCUCCGCUGGGAAGAGAUUGAGCACCACACGUCGUCGGAAAGUGACCUUCCGUCCGGAGCCUGUCGUUCGCCGUUUCACUUGCUGGUUCCACACGUGUGCUCGCGAGACGGAGAACCACCAGAAGAAAUCAGUCCUUCACCUCCACCCAAGCGCCCCGAAGCCUUCCCUCCUCAGGCUCAGCAAUCUGGGUCCCAGGGACAGUCUACCGAAAGAACCGUGGCUACAGAGACUCCAUCGUCAGAGCCUCUGUCAACACCCAAGGAUCCCGAGGGGCCCCCGCCUCUGGCUAUCGGCAAGGGCAAGCGCAAAGUCCACGCCGAUUCACCCGUCUCGGGCGACGACCCCAAUGCUCCCCGUGGAACGAACGCUGUUGAAGCGUCCAGUGGUACAGCAACAUCCAGUGCUGUCGAGUCUUCCACCAACAGCGGCGCUUCUGAACGCGCGACAGCACCGAAGAGGACCCGCGAUGAUACAUCUGGGGGUUCAAGGCAUGGUCCUUCUCGUGCGCCGAGAGAAACGCCCAGCUCCAAGGUGAAAGACACGAAUGGCUUUCCCCUUGCAGAAUCAGGAGGUGGCUGCUGGACCGAACAUCGUGACGCUGUUACCUGUCUCGCGUGGAACCCAAAGGACAAGGAGGUCCUUGUCACGGGCAGCGGCGAUGGCACGGCGAAGUUGUGGGACUUUGUGGAGUCACCAGGCUCGUCUAGCCACGCGCUGCAGCUGGCCAAGAAGCCCUCGUCCAUCAGUCACAAAUCGAUCGAUAGCGGCAAAAAGGCUGUCACUGCACUUGUUUGGCACCCUGAUGGCACUGUGUUUGCAACAGCAUCGGACGGCGUUGGCCGUCUUUUCACUCCAUCAGGCCAACUGCAGGGAAUUCUGACCUACGGCCGUGGCACCAUCAACUCUCUGAAAUUCAACCCAUCUGGAACGUCCCUAUUGGCAGCCAAAGACGACUUUACCGUCUGCUUGUUUGUGUUGGAUUUCGACCUGAAAUCUCCCAAACAGCUCUCAUUCGAGUCUCACACCAAAGAAGUCAAUGAUGUUGACUGGCUGGAUGACGACAUAUUCACGUCAGGUGGCAAUGACCACACCAUCUUCAUCUACCGCUCCAACGACCGCCGUCCUCGAUUCACGCUGAAAGGUCACACGGACGAUGUGACCAAGGUCAAAUGGUCCCCGCCUCUGGCUGGCGUGCCAACACACCAUCGCCUUUUGGCGUCCGCGUCCGACGACGGCAACAUUAUGAUUUGGAAGCUUCCCCAAUACCCUGUCGAUAGAGGUACAGUCAGCCGGUCCCUCUCACCCAGCAAGCAACCCCGCGAAAAGGAGCAGUCGUCAGACGACUUCUUCCAGGUCACAGUUUCUCCCGGAUCCGAGUACUGCGUUAGUCGACUCUCUGUGGUCACCGGUGGCACUGAGAACAAGAGGAUGAACACGCUGGAGUGGAGCCCACAUUGCCGUGAAGACUACAUGGUUGUGGCUGCCGGAGGCCAAGACUCGACUGUCAAGCUGUUCAAUGCCCUUAGUGGAGAAUGCCUGCAUGUCCUGCCAGGGCUGGAAUCCGGCACGGGCUCUAUUGCCUUUUCCCCUGCGGGUCUUGGACGCCCUUCAGGCCUCAUUGCGGGCGGCGGUUGGAAUGGCAAGCUCGUGCUUUGGGACGUCGCGACUGGCAAAAUGUUGAAAGAGCACGAAAUUGCAGAGGAACUGGACCGCCAGUCCGCACGAGACAGGCCCAUGAUGGAUGGAUCGUCGGAUUCGAUGAAUGCGAACCGCGAGGACGAGUAG